GGACACUGCUCUUAUGUAAGCUCGCAACGAGGCCGAUUUCUCCACCGGUGCCUCUCAGGAAGCGGUGCAGCAGCAGUCCCCGAGGCACUGGCUUUCCAGGACAUUACCAUAGCCCCGCCUGCCUGGCCAGCGGGCUCUUCCGGCACUCUGAAAACAAACCUGCUGCGCACAGCUCCCUUGCCGCUGCUGCCAUGGCCCUGGCUAGCCCCCUGGAGCGACUGCACGAGGAAGCCAUUUGCUCCAUCUGCCUGGAGUACAUGACCGAGCCGGUGAGCGUCGACUGCGGGCACAACUUCUGCCGCGGCUGCAUUGCCCAGCACUGCCAGGAGAAGGGUCUCUGGGCCGAUGGACCGUUUUCCUGCCCGCAGUGCCGGGCUGCAUGCCAUCGUAGCAACUUCCGCCCUAACCGGCAGCUGGCCAACAUUGUGGAGAGCAUCCGACAGCUGGGGCUGCGGGCUGGCCCGGGGUCAGGGGCCCCACUCUGCACCAUGCACGAUGAGCGGCUCAAGCUCUUCUGCGAGGAGGACGAGGAGGCCAUAUGCGUGGUGUGCAGGGAAUCUCUGCACCACCGCCCUCACACCGUCUACCCCAUCGAGGAGGCCGCGCAGGUCUACAAGGUCAAACUCCAGAAAUCCCUGGAGUAUCUUUCCAAGGAAGUGGAAGAAAUGAAGAAAUGUGAGUCAGCAGAAAGGAUGAAAACCCAGGAGUGCAAGGAGGCAGUGAAGAAAAAGAGGGAAAGGAUUGUGAGUGAGUUUGGGAAACUGCAUCGGCUCCUGGCUGAUGAAGAGAAGCUGCUGCUUCAGAAGCUGGAGGAGGAAGAGAAGCAAAUUCUGCUGAUGAUCAGUGAAAACCUCACUCGGCUGGUAGAGCAAAAGUCCUCACUUGACGAGCUGAUCCUGGAGAUAAAGGAGAAGUUCCAGCAGCCAGCUGAUGGGCUGCUCAAGGACAUGAAAAGCGUUCUGAACAGGUGCGAAGGCAUGAAAUUCCAGGCCCCUAAAGCUGUUUCUGUGACUCUGAGAGAAGAUUACAGCAUCCCAGAGCGUUGCCUGGGCAUGAGGGAAAUGCUGAAGAAAUUUAAAGUGGAUGUGACUCUGGAUCCUGACACAGCUCACCCUGAACUCACUCUGUCUGAAGACCGGAAAAGUGUGAAGCGUGGAGGCAAGAAGCUGAUUCUGUCCCUCUUUGACAACCCCAAGAGGUUUAACACAGUGCCGCUGGUGCUGGGGGUUCAGGUCUUCUUCUCCGGCCGGUGCUACUGGGAAGUGCAGGUGGGAGAUAAGCCAGAGUGGGGCCUGGGGCUGUGCAGGGAUUCAGCCAGCCGGAAAGGCACUAUUCUCUUCUGCCCUAGCAAUGGCUACUGGGUGCUGCAGCUGCAGAACAGUGGCAACUAUGAAGCCCUCACUUCCCCCAUUUCCCCUUUGAACCUGAGCGUGAGACCCCGGCGCAUUGGAAUAUUCCUGGACUAUGAGGCAGGAGAAAUCUCAUUUUAUAAUGUAUCUGACCGCUCCCACAUCUACACCUUCACUGACAAAUUCUCUGGCAAUCUCCGGCCUCUUUUCUACCCAGGUGCCUUGCUGGGGGGCAAAAAUGCAGAUCCCUUGGUGAUCUCCUGGGUCAGGGACACACAAGGGACUGGGUGCAUUGUCCUGUGACGUAUGGUUAAAAGGCUGCCCUGGCCUCAACACUGGGCAGCCAGAGACCAGUGGGCCUGACCAGCUCCUCUCCUGAGCAGAAGGUUGGCAGCAAGGCAGCACUGGGGAAAUAGGUGUGUGUUUGGGGUGAGCAGCAUGGCAAGGUCCCUCUGUGCUCCUGGAUGCUGGCAAUGACCCACAACGCAUAAUGCUGCUGAGAAACUAACAGCAACCGUGUCCUUUCAUGUGAUGUGUUCGCCCUUUGCCAGGCCAUACCAGGAAGGGCAUUACAUGGCAGAGAUGUGCCACAACCUGCUAUUUCCCUGAUGGGGACAGGAAGAGCCUGCUGAACACUAUUGCCCUGUUGGUCACCUUGCAGACUUUGGGCAAAGACUGUGCGCACAGCCUGCAUUAUAGUGCUGAUUUUGGUGCAAAUUGUACUAAAAGAUGGCAAUAAAGAAUUGAUUUGGGAA